GAAGGGCAAAGAACCUGUAGUCGACGAAGAAAUGGAAAAAGAUGAUGAAGAGCGAUCGGUGUCUAGGGAUGACAGUGACGAAUCUGUAUUUGAAGGGGAUGAAUAUGAAGAUGUAGAAGAGGAAGAAUUUGACGAUGAGUUAGAUGAGGACGGUGAAUUCGAGGAUGAAUUCGGCCAGAGAAAGGUGAAACGUGCGCCAAAGAAAAAGAAUUCUGCUAAAAGCAGCAGGCUUAGUUCAUAUGAUGAAGUAGAGGAGGAAGAAGAAGACGGGGAAUAUAUGGAUGGGGAUGAAGAUGAAGAAGAGGAUGUUGUUGUUCGCGUUCAGAAAAGAGUGAAGAAUUUGAAGGAGGUGGGGCUCAAAGCUUUGAAGAAGAAGGCACAUUUGCAGAUGAUGCGGAAGAGGUGUAGAGAGGAGUAUGAUGAUGUGGAAGAGGGAAGGAGACCUGUGAAGAAGACGGUACUUCCUGCGAUGAAGCAGAAGGGUAGGAAGUUUGAUGAAAAAGGGGUAGCAAAAGGAAAGUCCCCUGCUAAACAGAAGGCAAUCAGAGGAAAUAACAGGAGGAUGUUUGUGCAGGUACCAAUUCCCCAACAUCCUAUGUCUAGGGGUGAGUAUGCGAAGUUGCACGGCGUGGUAGUGGCUACUUAGCGGGCUAAUUGUGGCCGG